CUGGAAGAGGCAAACUAUGGAAACACUAAAAAAAAAUCAACAGUUUCCAAGAGUUGUGGAGAGGGAGAGAUGAACAGGUAGAACACAGAGGAGUUUUAGGGCAGCAAAAAUAUUCUAUAUGAUACUGUAAUGGUGGAUACAAGAUAUUAUAUAUUUGUCCAAACCCACAGACUAUACAACACCAAGGGUGAAUGCUAAUAGAAUCUAUGGACUUUGGAUGAAAAAUAUGUGUUGAUGCUGAUUCAUAGAUUGUAACAAAUGUACCACUCUGGUGGGGGAUGUUGAUAAUGGGGGCUAUGCAUGUGGUGGUAGGGGUUAUAUGGGAAAUCUUUGAACCUUCCUUUCAAUUUUGCUGUUAAUCUAACAUUGGUCUAACAAAUAAAGUCUUUAAAAAUAAAUUUAAAUAAAUGUAGGCUUUGCAUGCUAUAUGAUCUAUGUCACAACUACUCCAACUCAGCAUUGUACAAAACAGCCAUAGACUCUGGGUAAACAAAUUGACAUGAAUGUGUUCCAAUAAAACUUUAUUCUGACUUUUAAAAAGCCAGUGGGCCAUAUUUGCCCCACAAGCAUAAUUUGCCAAUCCUUGAUAUAUACACUUGAACGUGGUUUGUCUCUCUGGUUCUUGACCCUCCAUGCUCCUUUGGGUAUGAGCUAUCCCUGUCAUAAGCCCCCCACCCCAGACUAUUUGAUUAGUGAUCAGGCUUAGAAGAGGAAGAUUUAGGCAAAACUAAUCAUGUCAAAACAUGAAAGUUAUCAACUUCCCCCACAAAAUCUGCUCUUCUCAUAAUAGACCCUAUCAUGGUGAUUGGCAACAUUGUUCAUUCAGGCAUUGAAGUUAGAAAUCUGGUUGUUAGCUUUAACUUAUCUCACUCUUCACCUGCCAACUGGUUGAUAAAUUCUGUUGAUUUCCCCCAACACUAUUAUAUCUUUCCCCUCCUUUCCUCCCCUCAUAGCCUGACUUAGGCCUAGGCUCUUACCAUCUCUUGGUUAGACUACUGUAAUAUCUUCCAGCAAAAGCGCAGUCCCCCAAGUACAUUGUGCUGUUUCACAUACGUUUGCCCUACAUAUUUCCUUUUGCCUGGAAUCCCCUCCUCCUUUAAAUCCUACUCCCAUCUCUUAUCUUCUUGGUGAACUCCUAGUCAUUAUUCAAAACCCAACUGGGACUUUCCCUUUCACACUUAAUGAUUGCCUCCUCAAGGCUACUUGGUUUAAACAGUAUACCCUUGACAAUCCCAAGAUACAUGUUCCACGAGCCCCAAAUUAAUGAAUAUUGGAAAAUUUAAGUAUACAUGUCAGAACCUUAGGGCUCAAAUAAUUAACUGGGCUACUAAAUAUUGUAACUAAAAUGAACUCUGCAUUCCAUUGCAUCAUGAAUUUAGUAACAUCAACCAUAAAAUCAGCUUAAUCUGAAAAGAAACAAUAAAGAUUUUAUCACUUCAGGUAAUUUACUGCAUAUAUAACCAUAAAUAAAGAACAGAGAGCAACCUUGUAGAGACACUUGCUCCCACACAGUAGUCACACAGAAUGUGAAUCACACAUGCAUCUCACCAAAAUCACAAAUGUCUUCAUGUAAAAGACCUUUGGAAAAAAACAGUGAGGGUCAAAUCCAUAAAUGCCAAGAGCCUGCUGUACUUCUAUUAUUGUACUUGUGUCAAUGAACAACUACGGCCCCAAAGAGAACAUGAGCUUCUUGGGGUCAGGCCACUAUUUUGUCAUUCUUUUUGUACCAAAGUUGAUCUAACAGGAAGCAACCACUCCAAAAACAUUUGUUGAAUUAAAUUAUCUUCUAGUUGAGCUUCCUACUUCCAGGCCAUCUUCCUUUCCAAAAUCCUGCCAGUUAUUUCACAAAAACAUAUUCCUGAUGUCACUCCAUUUUCCCCAAAACUUUGAUGGCUCUUCAUAAUCUGCUUUACAUGAUUAUGUCCCCAAGCCAUGCUAGGACAUAUAAGAGCCUUCACACCACGGCCUCAUAUUCCCAGUCUCAUUCGUAGCCUCUCUUCUUCACACACACUCUUCAAGCCACACUAGCUGCUCCUGGAACAUUUUUGGACUUUCAUUACUCUAUGACUAUGACUUUUAAAUGCUGUUUUCUCUAUCUAAAAGGUCCUCCUCCUCUCAUCUGCCUGGAAAACCUGAAUUUAUUAAUAUAGCUCAGCUUAAAUAUCACUACCUUUGUAGCUUUCCAUGACCCCUCUCAGAAUCACUGUCUCCCAUGACCCCUCUCAGAAUCACUGUCUCCCUCAUUUGUUUUUUUAUACCAAUGUGUUUGUUCUAAAAACAUACUAAGCUGAUUCUGCGGGUAGGGCAAAGGGAAGGAGGGAGGGCCCUGUCAAAGGACUUACCCAAGCAGCGACUGCGGCACUACGUGUUAAGCAUAUCGUUCAAGCAGCAGUGGGAGGAUGGAGCUGGAUGGCCUUCAUGUUAUGAGAUGCUAUGGCUCGCAUCUUUCACACUGCGUGUGUGUGUGUGUGUGUAACUGUGUGGGGGGCAGCAGGAGGAGAGAAAGAAAACGAAGCGGGAGAGAGAGACAGAGACAGAAACAAAGAGGGCGGACGCAGUGCAGUAAGAGCAGAUGGGCGGACCCAAAUUUCUUCUGCUUCACGAUUUUGCGGAGGUCCAGCCCUGCAUCCAGCCUUGAAACACGGGGUGGGGAGGAGGCGGAAAGGGGAGGGACUGCACUCCCUCUGAGCGUGCUAGCCCCGACUGCCUGACGGAUCACCCUUCCGCUCCAACAUCGCUAGUUCCUCAACGCCGUGACUCAAGCCUAUUGUGCCAGGCGGGGCGCACUCAGCAGCGCAGCCCCACAGGUGGCGACGGCUCGGCGAAAGGGUUCCCGCCAGGCUAGGCAGUGGAGUGCCGCACAGCGCGCCUUCCCGCCUCGCAACCGCCACCCUAGCGGUUCCGACCCGGCGCCAGCAGGCCUGCUUGGUCGAUCUUCGAGCCAAAGAUGCGGCGAGGCUGGAAGAUGGCUCUGUCUGGGGGGCUGCGGUGCUGCCGCCGGGUACUGUCCUGGGUGCCAGUGCUCGUUAUUGUCCUCGUCGUGCUCUGGUCCUACUAUGCCUACGUCUUUGAACUCUGCCUGGUGACUGUUUUGAGUCCAGCAGAAAAAGUUAUUUACCUCAUAUUCUACCAUGCCAUCUUUGUGUUCUUUACCUGGACCUACUGGAAGUCUAUCUUUACACUCCCACAGCAGCCAAACCAGAAGUUCCACUUGUCCUACACAGACAAGGAGCGCUAUGAAAAUGAAGAGAGACCUGAGGUCCAGAAGCAGAUGCUUGUUGAUAUGGCCAAAAAGCUACCGGUUUACACAAGAACUGGAAGUGGAGCUGUACGAUUCUGUGACCGGUGUAAUCUGAUCAAGCCAGACCGCUGCCACCACUGCUCUGUCUGUGCUAUGUGUGUGUUAAAAAUGGAUCAUCACUGCCCUUGGGUUAAUAACUGCAUUGGAUUUUCCAACUACAAAUUCUUCCUUCAAUUCUUAGCUUACUCUGUUCUCUACUGCCUGUACAUUGCUACAACAGUCUUCAGCUAUUUCAUCAAAUACUGGAGAGGGGAAUUACCCAGUGUUCGCUCUAAGUUCCAUGUCCUUUUUCUUCUCUUUGUGGCCUGCAUGUUUUUUGUCAGCCUUGUGAUUCUCUUUGGUUACCAUUGUUGGCUUGUCAGCAGAAACAAAACCACCUUAGAGGCCUUCUGCACUCCAGUGUUUACAAGUGGCCCAGAGAAAAAUGGGUUCAACCUUGGCUUCAUCAAGAAUAUCCAGCAGGUGUUUGGAGAUAAGAAGAAGUUCUGGUUAAUACCUAUUGGUUCCAGCCCUGGUGAUGGACACUCCUUCCCUAUGAGGUCUAUGAAUGAGUCACAGAACCCACUGCUAGCAAAUGAAGAACCCUGGGAAGACAAUGAGGAUGACAACCAAGAUUAUCCAGAAGGCUCAUCAUCUCUUGCUGUGGAAACGGAAACGUAGCAGUUUUCACAUUUCCUGCAUCUCUCAGACAGGACUCACCAUCUCUGCCUCCCAUGAGGCUUACAGAGUUCAAUGUUGGAAAUCAUUGUAAUCUUCAAAAUAAGUCACCGUGUUGGAUUCAAAGCUUCAAAAUUUGAAAGAAUUCCAUGAAAUACUUGCUGUGUAAAUGUUUCUGGACUUCAUAUUAUUUAAUUUACUGACUGAAAUCCAAUUUGGAAUUUGGCAGCAGUUAAUUCAAGCCAAUUUUUUUGUUUCUUCAUUUCCCCUCCCCCAAUCCAUGAAAGCCUAAAUGUAAAAUAUAUCUUUUCAUUCAUCUUAUCAGGUAAAAGGAAAUUCAGAAAAUUUCCUUGGGGUCUUUAAUUCCCCCACAAAGAUUAUUAAUCACAUAUAUAGGGCCUUUUUGGUGUUGAACCGAAUCGGACUACAUUUGCUGUUUGUGUGCAUGUGCAUUUGUGAACAUGUACAGCAUAUCUAUACAAAAUUCUGCUAUGGUGUGAAAAUCAAGGCUAAAAACCUGAAGCCUUUGUUUAAUUAUGCUUUUCCUCUAAAUAGCAACUUAAAUAUUUGCUGGACUUUGAACCAUCGCUAUAUCAAGUAUCUAAAAUUUGGGAGGGUGAUUCAGUACACUGUGACCAACGUCCUCAAAUUGGAAUUUGAACAACAAUGUAAAACCUGUUCUGUCACAAAUGUUCCUGAAAGCACCACAGCUACUCAAGAAGAUCAAAAUCAGGACAUAAACUUUAUUAAACAUAAUAAUCAGUGUUUUAAAGACUUUUUUGUCAGGGUGCGGUAAAAUUCUCCAAUUACUUUUAUUCAUUUAUCUGCUACCUAGUUUUAUUUUAGCCUUUAUGAAUUAUUUUUAUGAUGAAAGAAAAUCUAUAAGCCUAAGUUAUGGCCCAUAGGUUUUGUUAAGGAUUUUCAGAGUGACUUUUCAAGUUUAAUUUCCCUGCCUUUCAUAAGGGUAAAGUUUCACAGCUGACAUUAGCCUGAGGAUUAGCACUAAAGAGCUGUGUUUUCAUAGCAGGAGCUAUUGUACAGACAGUGAUAACCAAAUAGUAAUAUGCCAAUUCUUUCUUCUUUUUUUAACUUCAGUAGUAGCUAAACCAUUAAUACAGUUUGCAUCAAUUUACCCAUUUAUUUAUAAUCAGCCUUUCUUUUAGUCCUAGUGCCUGAAUCAAUGAGUGAGAAUACUAGUACUGCUUCUUUGCAAUAAUAAUAUCUUAAGAGUAUUGAUGUCUUUCAUUUUUUUCAUUCAGCAGUCUAGUGCCCAGCUGCUGACAAUAAAAGCUCCAACUCUUACAGAGAUCAGUGGAAGUUAGAAGCAUCUUACAGGUAUCAAGGAAUUGAGCUUCUAGAGGGAUGGUUUGGCUUACUAAUUAAUCAUCCCUGAAAUAUUUUCGAGUAAAAAAGAGUUGCCUGCCACAAUUUAGUGUUGGGGUUGCAGUGGAGCUGAGAAAGUGAACAAUCCAGCUACUUAAAGCAACAACAAAAACCUGUUCAUCUGGACCCCUAGGUAAUUUUGAACAAGGUGAGACUUUUGUCAUAAAUUAAAUAGAUUGUGGUCAGCAUUACAUUUGAGAGAAUACUAGACAUGAUUACACUUAUUAGGACUGUUUCUUAAACUCAGAAGCUAAAAAGCAGCCUAGAUGACUGUGCACACACUGGGUUUCAUGAUGAAGUCUUCUUAUAUAUUCAGAUGGAAAAAAAAUUUCCCCUUACACUCUUUCUCAAAGUACUCUCUUGUUUGAGUUUUUCUUGAAAGCUUAUUUGGCCAUCCCCAUGGUUUUAUGACAGACAAGCCUUGUCUUCUAUUCAUAUAGAUAUGCACCUUUUCUACAUGUAUGGCCUUUACUUACUACACAGUGAGUAGGCCUCAAAGUAAUCUUCCUCUUUCCCAUCAAUCAUCUGCCAAGCAUUCAGGCAGAGCAGCUGUUAACUAUGAUUCAAAGUCAGAAAAACAUCAAGAACUUCUUUGAUGCAUAGGAUGUAUCAGCACUCAGCUCCCACAGAAGUCAACUCACAAAAUCUAGUAUCAGUUAACUAUAAGGAAGUUCUGGAGAGGUAAAGCUCAGGAAAGCUAUAAUGCAAAGCUGAUUGUUUAAUGUCUUACAGAUUUACACUGUCUUUAAAAGGCCAAAUAAGGCUGGGCGCGGUGGCUUACGCCUGUAAUCCCAACACUUUGGGAGGCCGAGGUGGCCAGAUCACCUGAGGUCGGGAGUUCAAGACCAGCCUGACCAACAUGGAGAAACCCCGUCUCUACUUAAAAUACAAUAAUUAGCCAGGAAUGGUUUUGCAUGAUUGUAAUCCCAGCUACUCGGGAGGCUGAGGCAGGAGAAUUGCUUGAACCUGGGAGGCGGAGGUUGUGGUGAGCUGAGAUUGUGCCAUUGCACUCCAGCCUGGGCAAUAAGAGUGAAAUUCUGUCUUUAAAAAAAAAAAAAAAAAAAAAAAGCGAAAUAAAUCAGCGUUUUAUCAGGGGGCUCAGAGAUAAAAAGAAACCCUAUUCCUAUUGUAGCAUUUUGGUCUCAUUGGUUUAUAGACUCUGAUAAUAUCUCCAUCCACGGAUAAUUUGAGUGUUGACUAAUGUACAUAGGUACCCAACUGGUUGAUUAUUAAUCAAGAAUACAGAGUUCUGUUUAAUAAUUAGCACACCCUGAUUGGCUUCUUUGCUUGGUUUUCCUUGGAUCCCUGUCCAGUAACCUCUGUGGAAUCUCAUUCCCUAAUCGUUGAUACUCAUUUUCUCCGUUUGCAAAAUGAAGAUACUCAUUGCUAGGAUCCUACUGCUGAAGGGUGUUAUGUAACUUUCUAGUGCUCUUACAUGUCUUUAAUUAUAGGACUGGAAUGAAAAGUUUAACCAUACAGUAUUUCUAAGCAAAAUAGUGUACUCCAUUCUUUUAUCCGUGCUCUCAUUGCUGAUUUGUUCUUGCAGAACUUAGAACACUUUGUUCAUGUUCUUCCAUUCACUCCAAUAGGGUCCUCAGAAAGAGACAGAAUAAAAAAAAUGUUCCCCAUGGUAUAGCUGGAAAUAUUAAGGAGAAAAGAGUUUAAGUGAUCCCCAAUGGAACACAGCUGUCUUAUGCAGGGCUCACAGUUAUCAUAUACAGUACACUGUUAAAGUAACUUGGCUUCCCAGGACUGGAAUUAUCAUGGAGCAGUUAGAAUUUUGAGAGUAUUUACAACAGGAUUGCAUUCUGAAAGAGUCACAUUUUGUCAAAAAUCUGAAAAGUAUGCAAUUUGUACAACUCUUACUUUCUAUGUGAUAAGAAUGUAAUAUGUGCCUCUUUCCCCUAUUGGCCCCAUGUGACACAUAUUUUUCACACUAUGUGGCAUCAACCAGUGCCAUUACCUCCUGUGGCAACAUAGAGCCCAAUCUCAAGGCAGACAUUGCCAAGGUAAAGAAUGCGCUCCAUGUUUAUGCCAAAUUGCACAAAGUAUAGACAUUGAGGUUAAUGGAGAUUUAAGCACAAUCCUAGCAAGUAAGUUUUAAGAAUAUUGAAUAUUAUACAUUAUUGUAACAUGAACCUAAAAUUUAGCAGGGCCCAAAUUCAUAGCAAUGUAACAGUCAUUGAAAGCCUAUUCUUUUCACCUCUUAUCACACAUAUCUACAUACGUGUAUGCACAUGUACACACACACACACACACACACACAUUUUCUCCAAAGCAGGCUGCCUGGUCAGCAGGAGCAAAUACUUUAAUUUAAAGGAAUGAUUCUCUGUUUUCUCCUUUUAGAAAAAGAGUCUAAGAAUCACAGCAUAUGAAGAACAUUCAAUUUAUACAUUCCAGAAUCUCUGCUCUCAGAGUAGCUAAGAGAAUUGGUACAAAAGAUGUUCUAUGCAGAAGCACAGAGGGCAUCUAACAAGAUAGUCAGGCCCUUGGAAAAGAUCCAUAUUCUUAGAAAAUUAAUGAAUUCCAUCUCAUUAGGAAUUGGUUGAUGAGGUAUCAUACAUCUGCAUUUCUUUAACCAUAGCUGUAAUGUACCAUAUUAAAUUGUAGCCUUUUGCAUGCGGGAUUGUAUAAUAUAAUAAUGAAUGGGUGGCUCCUAGUAGCAUGCAACCCAUGACUGUUUACGUCCCCAGAAGGGCUAGGUCUGUGUCCUGCACAGUAUUCAAAACCAUUAAAUGUGUUAUUUGUAGGAGGAUGGUACGCAGCCAUCAGCAGAAUGAGUUAAAACCAACAAUGAAUUCAAUAUAUCAGGAAAUAGAUUCUUAGUAGGGAAUGGCAUUAAAGAGAAAAAAAAAACAAUUAGAUAAGAUGCAUUCAAUGAAUAAUUACUUUCACUCUGCUGGCUUAAUCAGUGAAGGAACAGAGAAGGAAAGCUGGCAGUGGGUCUUGGUAAUAUAUGAACUAUAUUGGAGUGCCAGAAAAGGAGACCUCAGUAGUUAAGCCCAAGUUGCCAAUUUGCUACAAUUAUUUUUCCCACCAAUCUGCUCAAAAUGACUGUAUAUAGUAUUCUUAAAACCAUGUGUCUUGGUGCAGAAAUAUUGACAAACGCUGGCCAGCUUUAUCUCCCUAUAUCCUUUAUUAAAAGUAUAUGCAUAUAA